GCAAUGCAUAAAAGGAACCCCUCCAGCUCACACUGAGACCAGGGACAGAAAAGCAGGACUGGUUCUCCUGAGGGGGGAAAAACUCUGUCGUUGAAGGAAAGCUCUUCGGCGGAAUCCCUGCCUCACGCAAGACUGCUUCUCCCCCGUGACUGCAGGCUGAGCACGCACUUUCUGGGACAAGUUGGAGGAACUCGGAGUAACGCCCGAAGGAAUGAAACUACCGGCAGCCUGUGUCUUGUGCUUGCUGCUGCUGUGCCUGGUUCUGCCCAAUGCCGGAAGUCGAAUCUUUGAGCGGUCCAUGGAAAUCAGAAAUCCUGAUAUCGAUCCUUCCUGGUACACAGGUCGAGGGAUUCGGCCAGUGGGACGGUACGGCAGGAGGAGAGCAGCGGCGGAUAGCCUCCAGAAAUGGAGCUACAGGCACCGGCAAGCUUGCUUCCCUAUAGAAAAGAGCAAUGACUCAGUGCCAGACGAGUGACACUGUGCAAGUGAACAACCUAAGAAAUAAAACACAUAUGCACACAGUUUUCAG